UUUAUUUUUAUGCAACGUGGUUUAAUAUAUCAGUUGCCAAAGUUGAAUUCUGUUUGAAUGUAGAUAGUAAUACGAAUAACAAUAGGUUUUAUCUUUAGCACAGAGAUUAUUGUUAUAGUUUAUUUUUCUCAAUGUUAUAAUUUUUUAGUUUACAAAAUGAACUGUGUUGAUGUGUCUAUUGUUCUACCUGUUCAUAAUGCUGAGAAAUGGUUUGAUGAAUGUUUAGCUUCAGUUGCCAAUCAAAAAUUUAAUGGAAAACUAGAACUGUCAGUUUAUUUUGAUGCCAGUAAGGAUAAUUCACAAGAUAUAUUAAAAUCUUGGUUGGAUAAGUUACAGAAAGAAAAUAUAAAAGUAGUUAUUUCAGAAGGAAAAUCGUCUAUACCUAAUGGAGUUGGCUAUGCUAAAAAUAGAGCAGUUGAACAAAGUAAUGGACAAUAUCUUUGUUUUUUGGAUGCUGAUGAUGUCAUGCAUCCUUGCCGAAUCCAGAAGCAGUAUGAAAGUGCAAGUAAGAAUAAAGAUGCUAUUAUUGGAAGCAAAUUUAAUCGUUUUCCUGUUGGAUCUACAAAAAGAUUUACUGAUUGGGCUAAUAAUUUGAAUAAUAAACAGUUGUAUACCCAGAUAUAUACAUCUCAUGGACCAACUUUAAUAAUGCCAACUUGGUUUUGUUCCCGUGACGUUUUCAAAAAAGUUGGAGGAUUUAGUGAAGCAGGAAUGGGAACACCUGAAGAUUUAUUAUUUUAUUUUGCCCAUUUGAAAUUACAUGGAAGUUUAUACAGGGUGGAUGAAGAUUUGUUGAUGUAUCGUUAUCAUCCUGGUGCUACUACUUUUUCCAUUGAUGAAAAAACAAUAUGGGACAUUCGAAUUAAGGAAUUGGAAGAAAAUGUUUUGUAUCAUUGGCCAAAAUUUACAAUUUGGAAUGCUGGAAAACAGGGGAGAAAGUUCUUCCGUUCUAUAAGUUCUUCUAACAGGAGUAAGAUAGUUGCAUUUUGUGAUGUAGACAGAAAGAAAAUAAGUAAAGGAUUUUAUACAUUUGAAGAAAGUGAGGAUUCAGUCAAACCUAAAAUUCCUAUCAUUCAUUUUACUCAAGCAAAGCCACCAUUCAUUAUUUGCAUAAAAUUAGAUCUAACAGGAGGAAACUUUGAAGAAAACCUUUCAAGUCUUAAUUUAACAGAAGGCAUUGAUUAUUUUCUUUUCAGCUGAAAUUUACUGUAUAUUAAAAAUUAAUCUUGUAUUAUCCAUUCUUGAAAAUAUCUUCAAAAAUUCAGUAAUAUCCAUAUUUUUUUUAGUUUAUAAAUUUGCUUUGUGGAAAGAUAUAUUGUUACUCAGAAAUGCAUUUCACCAUCCUUAUCUUGACCUAAUGACAAGGAAACAAUGAUUUAUAUCUAAAUUUUAUUUUACAUCAGAAUAUAAAACUGAAUAAUUCUCCAGUACACAAUUCAAUUUACCUUCAAUAAAAUAAAAAAAUGUUAUGCUCUAUUGAAACUGAAUAAUGUUUUCUAAUAGAUAAAUUUCUAUUUUUUAUAUACAGGAGCAUAUAAUUUUUAAUUUAUUCUGUAUAUUAAAUUGUUUGUACAUACAGUAUAUUCCUAUAAAAUAUAUCUCUUG